AUGCUUUCAAAGGAUGAGGAAAUAUCCGUCGGCGACAGUGACCUCGAGGUCCGCCGGGAGGAUCAAGAUAAGAUCAACAAGUUUAGUCGAUUGCAUCAAAAAGAGCAGGCUUUAGAGGAGGACUUAAAAACAAGAAGUAAAGACAAGGAGGAUCUUGAAGAACUAUCGAGCGAGCUUGAGCUAGCGGAUGAAGACGAGAAAGUGCCCUACAAGAUAGGCGAUACCUUCAUACGCUUGCCGGUGUCAGAAGUCCAGGAACUCUUGGCCGGCUCGACAGAGAGAAUUGACAAAGCCGUAUCGGGCAUCGAAGAUCGUAUGAGCACAAUACGCGAAGAUAUGGAUCAACUGAAGGUGCAGCUUUACGCAAGGUUCGGGAAGAGUAUCAAUCUAGAGACGUGA